CGGUGUUCCGGUUCCGCUAAGUUUGUUUGAUGGCGUCUGCAUCCUCUGCUGUGAACUGAGUUUGAGCACGUGCAUUGUAGUGAUGCGUUUGUGAAUCGCGCGGGCUUAAACUCUCCGGCAUUAUGUGUUCCAAGGUUUUCUCUGCCGGCAGGGCCCUGACCGGUGCUCUGAGGUGCAGUGUAUGGUCUGACGUCUAUAACGCGAGUCCCGCUCGGUUAGUGUUGCCGGUGCAGCGGUUUCGAUUUAGCGAUCUCCUCACCGCACCUCAAGUACGACUAUGUUCACAAAUCACGGCUAAUCAGUCUGCUGAACAGGAUCCUGCCUUGCUUAUGUCAGAAGCUCAGUCGGAGGUGACUGCAGAAGACAGCAGCGAACCUGACAAGCUCUACAAGAAAAUUGAGCUUGAAGUCAGAGGUCACGACCCUGCAGUCCUUAAGAGCUACAAAUGGUAUGCAAUGGAGGCUGCGAAGCUCCUGGACAUCAGUGUCUCAAGGACGUGGCAGCCAAAGCAUGUGAACGAGAGGUGGACGCUGCUUAAGGCCCCAUUCGGCAAGAAGAAGCACAUGGUCCAGUACGAGAUGAGGACAUACUUUCAAUUCAUUGAGCUGAAGCAUCUGACAGGCUCCACAGCAGACACCUACCUCGAAUACAUCCAGAGGAAUCUUCCAGAAGGAGUCGCCAUGAAGGUCACAAAGACCACACUGGAAAGGCUGCCAAGUUACAUAAAGCCUCCAGCACAUGAAACAAGCGAUGCCAGACCAGCAUUGCAAGAAGACACCUCGAAAUGAGGAGUUAGUUCUUGUGUAGUAACAAACUGAAAGAAAAAGAAAAUCAGGGCACCCUAUUGGAAUCUAGUGAAUGAAAAAGUGCUUAUCUCACAAAAUAAAGCCUUGUUCGCAAGCAGCA